UCUCAUGUGGUAGAGCUUAGAAGUAGAAACAGCUCUAGCAACAAUGAAAUAUCAAAACCUUAAAGAGUUUACAGAGAGAAUUGAAGAAGAAGAAGAAGAUUACACAAAUUUCUGGUUAUUUUCCUGCAAAUGAAGAUCAUUUGCUAUAUAUCUCUGCUUCUCGAUUCUUCCUCUAACAAUGCCAUCAACCACUCAUCUCUUGCCACGUCUCACAGCUAUUGUUUCCACUCAUCUACAGCCACGUGUCGUUAUGAUAUAUCAAUGCCUCGUUGACGAGAUGGGAAGGAGCACUAGUGGAAAUUUCACAGUUUCAGAAAGUCUCUGAAGUCAAAACAAAUGAUUCUAGUUUUAGUAAGAAGGAUGUGUUUUGAGGUAACAAAUGUUGGUAAUUAGCUUUGCGUUCUUUGCCCACUGGUGUAAUGAUCUUGGCAGAAGAAGGACAGAGUAGUAGUGGAAUCGAAGUGGGCAAAUCUGAAACUGGAGGCAACAGAAACCACCACAUAGACGAAGAAGCAGAAGCUUUUAAGUUCCCUCAAGAUGAAAACAUCAAAAACAGUAAACAUGCAGGUCACUGGAGUUGGCUUAGGAAGCUUCGUCUGGGGAAGAAGAAGAUGAAGAUUAAUAAGACAGAGCUGAGUUCGAGACAAGUCUCAAGAUCCAGUGAUGAUACCUGAGAAUCUUCAUGAGGUAUUAUGAGCCUGAAGCUGUUCAGCUUUCUAAAGAUGAAAUCAUCACAGGUUGUUGGAUUUUGCUUGGGAAGAAGACUAUUAAUUGUUUUGUGAAGAUGUGCCUUGAAUUCCCGAGGGAGAUUUGUUGUUGAUGAAUACAGUAAAUUCCAGAGGGAGAUGUUUUCUUGCAGAAACCGGAGAACGAAGUCUAUCGGAGAUCAUUGGAAUUGGCUUCCAAGAUACCAUGUCUUUUCGAGUUUUCACGGCCCAGACGUCCGUAAUGGAUUUCUCAGUCAUUUACACAAUCACUUCGAAAGCAAAGGGAUCACUACGUUCAACGAUCAGGAGAUCGAGAGAGGCCAUACGAUCGGACCUGAGCUCGUGCAAGCGAUUAGAGAAUCUAGAGUCUCGAUUGUGGUGCUCUCGGAGAAGUACGCUUCUUCCGGCUGGUGCUUAGAUGAGUUGGUGGAAAUCUUGAAGUGCAAAGAGGCUUCGGGGCAGGCUGUGUUGACUAUCUUUUACAAAGUUGAUCCGUCUGAUGUACGGAAACAGCGGGGAGAUUUCGGAAAUACUUUCAAGAAAACUUGUGAAGGGAAAACAGAGGAAGUGAAGCAGAGAUGGAUCAAAGCUUUGACUGAUGUUGCAACCAUAGCUGGAGAACACUCUCUAAACUGGGCUAAUGAAGCAGAGAUGAUCCAAAAGAUUGCUACAGAUGUUUCAAACAAACUUAAUGUCACUCCGUCCAGGGAUUUCGAGGGGAUGGUGGGACUUGAAGCUCACCUGACUAAACUGGACUCUUUGUUAUGCCUCGAGUGUAAUGAUGUGAAGAUGAUUGGCAUUUGGGGUCCAGCGGGAAUUGGUAAGACUACCAUUGCUAGAGCUUUAUUUAACCAACUCUCUACCGGUUUUCGGCAUAGCUGUUUUAUGGGGAACAUUGAUGUUAAUAACUAUGAUUCAAAGCUGCGUUUGCAUAACAUGCUUCUUUCCAAGAUUUUGAACCAAAAGGAUAUGAAGAUACAUCAUUUAGGUGCAAUUAAAGAAUGGCUACAUAAUCAGAGAGUGCUUAUAGUUCUUGAUGAUGUGGAUGAUCUAGAGCAACUAGAGGUGUUGGCUAAAGAAAGUUUUUGGUUCGGUCCUCGAAGUCGGAUCAUCGUUACCUUGAAAGAUAAAAAAAUUUUGAAGGCACAUGGGAUCAACGAUAUCUACCAUGUGGAUUAUCCAUCCAAAAAAGAAGCUCUUGAGAUAUUUUGUCUUUCUGCUUUCAAACAAAGUUCUCCACAAGAUGGUUUCGAAGAGUUCGCAAGAAAAGUAGUAGAGCUUUGCGGUAACCUUCCAUUGGCCCUUUGUGUUGUGGGUUCUUCAUUUUAUGGGGAGAGCGAGGAUGAGUGGAGGCUUCAGUUAUAUGGGAUAGAAAUUAAUCUUGAUAGAAAAGUUGAGGAUGUCUUGAGAGUGGGGUAUGACAAGUUGUUGGAGAAACAUCAAUCUCUGUUUCUUCAUAUUGCAUGCUUUUUCAACCAUGAAAGUGUUGAUUAUGUGUCAACCAUGCUCGCUGACAGUACUUUGGAUGUCGAAAAUGGGUUGAAGAACUUAGCUGCUAAGUCUCUUGUGCAUAUAUCUACUCAUGGUCGUAUAAGGAUGCAUUGUCUACUACAACAAUUGGGUAGACACGUAGUUGUUCAACAGUCUGGCGAGCAGGGGAAACGUCAGUUUUUAGUAGAGGCCAAAGAGAUUCGUGAUGUACUAGCAAAUAAAACAGGUACUGGGUCUGUCAUAGGUAUAUCAUUUGAUAUGUCUAAGAUAGGCGAGUUCUCUAUAAGUAAGCGAGCCUUUGAAAGAAUGUGUAAUCUCAAGUUCUUAAAAUUCUACAAUGGAAAUGUUAGUUUGUUAGAGGACAUGAAAUAUCUACCUCGUCUAAGGUUACUUCAUUGGGAUUCAUACCCGAGAAAAAGUCUUCCUUUGACAUUUCAGCCAGAAUGUCUCGUUGAACUCCAUAUGCGAUACAGCAAGUUGGAGAUGCUAUGGGGAGGAAUCCAGCCCCUUGCAAAUCUCAAGAAAAUAGACUUGGGAUACUCCUUUAAUUUGAAAGAAAUCCCAAAUCUUUCGAAAGCCACUAAUCUCGAGACAUUGAAACUUAUCGGUUGUGAGAGUUUGGUGGUGCUUCCCUCGUCUAUUAGAAAUCUACACAAACUGGAAAUGCUGGAUGCGUCAGGGUGCUCUAAGCUACAAGUUAUUCCCACCAAUAUCGACUUAGCAUCUCUUGAGGAGGUCAAAAUGGAUAAUUGCUCACGACUGAGAAGUUUUCCAGAUAUUUCUAGAAACAUCGAGUAUCUCUCUGUAGCAGGCACAAAGAUUAAAGAAUUUCCUGCGUCCAUUGUUGGAUACUGGUCUCGUCUUGACAUUCUACAGAUAGGCAGCAGAAGCCUCAAGAGAUUAACACAUGUCCCACAGAGUGUAAAAUCUUUAGACCUAAGCAACAGUGAUAUAAAGAUGAUUCCAGAUUACGUCAUAGGUCUCCCGCAUCUAGGAUAUCUAAACGUUGACAACUGCAGAAAACUCGUGUCGAUUCAGGGUCAUUUUCCUUCGCUGGCCUCUCUAUCUGCAGAGCACUGUAUAUCACUCAAGAGUGUAUGCUGCUCUUUCCAUAGACCAAUCUCGAAUUUGAUGUUCCACAACUGUCUGAAACUGGAUAAUGCAUCAAAAAGAGGAAUCGUACAACUAUCCGGGUACAAGUCUAUAUGCUUGCCAGGUAAAGAAAUCCCUGCAGAAUUCACUCACCAAACUAGAGGGAACUCGAUAACCAUCUCUCUGGCUCCAGGUGGUAAGGAGGUUUUUUCUGUGUUCUCAAGAUUUAAGGCUUGCCUUCUGCUUUCGCCAAUCAAGAAUUUCGCAUUUAAUAAGAUAAAUUGUAUUCUAAGAAGCAGAGAAGGUGUCAAAAUUAACUGCACUACACAAUCCAUAUAUACAUUUGUGUGUGGAAGAUCUCUAUCAGAACAUCUGCUAAUGUUUUGUGGCGACUUAUUUCCUGAAGAAAACGGAUGCCUUAUGGACGUGACUCCAAACGAGAUUCAGUUUGAAUUCAGCUCCAGUGAUGACAAUGUUAUGGCAUGUGGUGUAAAGAUCUUGGCAGAAGAUGGGCAGAGUAGUAGUGGCAUCGAAGUUGGCUACUCUGAAACUGAAGGCAACAGAAACCACCGCAUAGAUGGAGAAGCAAAAGCUUUGAAGGUAUCUCAAGUAAAUAACAUAAAAAACAGUAAACAUACAGGUGACUGGAGUUGGCUUAGGAAGCUUCUUCUAGGGAAGAAGAAGAUGAAGAGGAAUAAGACAGAGCUUAGUUUGACACCAGUCUCAGGAUCCAGUGAUGAUACACAGGGAAUCUUGAUGAGGUAUCAUCACCCUGAAACUGUUCAACUCUCUAAAGAAGAAAACACCACAGAUCUUUCGCGUUUGCUAUGUAUUGUUUCCCUUGUGUUCUCUGUUUUGUUGAUUUUCCAUUGCUUGUUUCUUCAAAUGCAAUGACCUGAUGCAUCACACAUCUUGUUGUGUUUAGACGUAAUUUGUUGUAUCUGUUUGUUUGGUGUUAGUUUGUUGUUACUAAUAAAAGUGUUUGA